AUGCCAAUUGAUGAUAUACAAUUACGUAUAAAUCCAAUUCUUUCAUCAUUUUCAUCUUUUCAUAUUCGUUGGCCAAUUGGACAUAUGAUAUGGCGUCCACAUUCAAAUAAAACACGUUUGAAAUUAUUUACAUUACCUUAUGCAUUUGAUACAUUAAAAUUAUCAACAUCAAAUUCACGUUUAUUUAAUAAUAUAAUUUAUGAAAAAAAUUUUAAAUCAGUUAAAAAAAUAGUUCUUGAUGCAACACAAGGAACAAUAAAUGAAAUAAGUCAACAAUUAAUUUAUUUAUUAAAACAAUAUUGUUCAAAAACAAAUAUUUUACAAAUACAAAAUAUUGUUUUACCAAUAAAUGAUUCAUUAAAUAUUUCAUCAAAAACAAUCAAUAUAACAUUUCAUCAUUUAAAACAUCUUAUUGUAAAUGAAUGUGAUGGUCGUUUAUUUCCAAUAAUAUUUUCAUUUGCACCACGUUUAACAACAUUAUCAGUUACAGGUCCUUUAUUAUUAAAAUAUUUUCUUAAAAUUCCUUCACCAAAUUCAUCUUAUUUAACACGUAUAAAAACACUUGAAUUAAAUUGUAUGCAAAUGGAUAGACAAAAUCGUUUAAAUCGUUUAUUAAAUAAUUUACCAAUAUUAUUUCCUUAUCUUGAACAUUUAACUAUUGAUAUUAAUCCAAAAUUAUAUGUUGAUUUAAGAAUAAUUAAAACAAUCUUAGAUGGUUUUAUUAAAUUAAUUAGCUUAAAAAUUCAACGAACAAGUAAAUAUGUUUUAGAUAAAUAUACACAAGAUGAUCGACAAGUACGAAAUUAUUUUGAAAUUCAUUCAUUUCGUUUAAAUCAUAGUGAAACAUAUGAAAUUAUUUGUAAAGAUAGUCAAUUGGAAAUUUGGUUAUAG